UUCCGGGGCAAACUUCUGACCCAGAGGUGGACACAGGAAGACAAGACCAGCAGUUGCAGAACUGAGAAACAUUUCCUGUGCAGAUAUAACAAGAUGAGCUUAGAAGGUGAUGACAAGCGAGCCCGCACACGGUCCAAGACCCUCCGAGGACCCCCAGAGACCACAGGUGCAGACCUCAGCUGUCCUACUCCAGGAUGUACUGGUUCAGGACAUGUCCGGGGCAAGUACUCCAGACAUCGAAGCUUACAGAGUUGCCCUCUGGCCAAGAAGAGAAAACUGGAGGAUGCUGAGGCUGAGCACCUGGUAUCCAAGAGGAAGUCACACCCUCUGAGGCUGGCUCUGGAUGAAGGCUACCGAAUGGACAGUGAUGGCAGUGAGGAUGCUGAGGUGAAGGACGCCUCUGUUUCGGAUGAAUCAGAAGGACCCCUGGAGGAGGCUGAGGCUGAGAUGUCAGGACAGGAGGAGAUUCAUCGCCCCCAGCCAGCUGAAGGAAAAAACCUCAUCAAACCCCAUUUUGGAUCCACCUCCACAAGCAGCCCUUCUGGCUUCUCCAAGGGCAGCUACAGCAGCUACCAGGGAAUCAUUGCAACUUCCCUUCUAAAUCUGGGCCAAAUUGCUGAAGAGACUCUUGUGCAGGAGGACUCAGUCCCAGUAGCUAAGUUGGGCCCCACUGUUAUUCAUCAGCUUCAGGAUGAGGCUGCAAGGGGGGCCACCAAUGAUGAGAGUGAAAAGGACCUCUUUAUACAGCCAGAGGAUGUGGAGGAGGUCAUUGAAGUUACCAGUGAACGUUCCCAGGAGCCAUGCCCCCAGUCUCUGGAGGAUAUGGUUAGUGAAGAGUCAAGCAAGCAGAAAGGUGUCCUAGGUCAUGAAGAGGAGGGAGAGGAUGAUGAGGAUGAAGAUGAAGAAGAAGAGGAGGAGGAAGAGGAUGAAGGAGAGGAGGAGGAAGACGAAGAGGAGGACGAGGAGGAAGAGGAGGAGGAGGAGGAGGAGGAGGAGGAGGAGGAGGAGGAGGAAGCAACUCCAAAUGUGAUCUUUGGGGAAGACACCUCCCAUACCUCUGCCCAGAAAGCUUCCCCUGAGUUCCGAGGCCCAGAGCUAUCCAGUCCCAAGCCUGAGUAUUCAGUCAUCGUGGAGGUCCGUUCUGAUGAUGACAAGGAUGAAGACUCACACUCCCAGAAGUCAGCGGUCACCGAUGAGUCAGAGAUGUAUGACAUGAUGACCCGUGGGAAUCUGGGCCUUCUGGAGCAGGCCAUCGCCUUGAAGGCUGAGCAGGUGCGGGCUGUCUGUGAGCCAGGCUGCCUGCCUGCUGAGCAGGGCCAUCUGGGCCCAGGAGAGCCAGGGAAGAUGGCAAAGCCCCUGGACGUGGUGAGGAAGAGCUGCUACAGCAAAGAUCCUUCCAGGGUGGAGAAGCGUGAAAUCAAGUGUCCGACACCUGGCUGUGAUGGCACUGGCCAUGUUACUGGGUUGUACCCUCAUCACCGCAGCCUGUCUGGCUGUCCCCACAAGGAUAGAAUCCCUCCAGAGAUCUUGGCCAUGCAUGAAAAUGUGCUGAAGUGCCCCACUCCUGGCUGCACGGGCCAAGGCCAUGUGAACAGCAAUCGCAAUACCCACAGAAGUUUGUCUGGGUGUCCCAUUGCUGCUGCUGAAAAAUUAGCCAAAUCUCAUGAGAAGCAGCAACUGCAGACAGGAGAUCCUCCCAAAAAUAACUCCAAUUCAGAUCGGAUCCUCAGGCCCAUGUGUUUUGUGAAGCAGCUUGAGGUUCCUCCUUAUGGGAGCUACCGGCCCAGUGUGGCUCCCACCACGCCCAGGGCCAACUUGGCCAAGGAGCUGGAGAAGUUCUCCAAAGUCACCUUUGACUACGCAAGUUUUGAUGCUCAGGUUUUUGGCAAACGUAUGCUUGCCCCAAAGAUUCAGACCAGCGAAACCUCACCCAAAGCCUUUCAAUGCUUCGAUUACUCUCAUGACGCUGAGGCUGCACACAUGGCUGCCACUGCCAUCCUGAACCUCUCUACUCGAUGCUGGGAGAUGCCAGAGAACCUCAGCACAAAGCCACAGGACCUACCCAGCAAGGCUGUGGACAUUGAGGUAGAUGAAAAUGGAACUCUGGACUUGAGCAUGCAUAAACAUCGCAAGCGGGAAAACAACACUUUUCCCAGCAGUAGCAGCUGCAGCAGCAGCCCUGGUGUCAAGUCUCCUGAUGUCUCUCAGCGCCAGAGCACUACCAGUGCCCCCAGCAGCUCCAUGACCUCACCCCAGUCCAGCCAGGCUUCCCGCCAGGAUGAGUGGGACCGUCCCCUAGACUACACCAAACCUAGUCGCCUUCGAGAGGAAGAGCCUGAGGAGUCAGAGCCAGCAGCACAUUCUUUUGCUUCUUCUGAAGCAGAUGAUCAGGAGGUGUCAGAAGAGAACUUUGAGGAGCGGAAGUACCCAGGGGAAGUCACCCUGACCAACUUUAAGCUGAAGUUUCUCUCCAAGGACAUAAAGAAGGAGCUUCUCACCUGUCCCACCCCUGGCUGUGACGGCAGUGGUCAUAUCACCGGGAACUAUGCCUCCCAUCGCAGCCUCUCUGGUUGCCCUCUUGCUGACAAGAGCCUCAGAAACCUCAUGGCUGCCCACUCUGCUGACCUCAAGUGCCCCACACCUGGCUGUGAUGGCUCUGGCCACAUAACAGGGAACUAUGCUUCACACCGGAGUUUGUCAGGCUGCCCACGUGCCAAGAAGAGCGGACUCAAGGUGGCGCCUACCAAGGAUGACAAGGAGGACCCUGAGUUGAUGAAGUGCCCAGUUCCAGGCUGUGUGGGACUCGGCCAUAUCAGCGGCAAAUAUGCCUCUCACAGGAGUGCUUCUGGCUGCCCGCUGGCUGCUCGGAGGCAGAAAGAGGGAGCUCUCAAUGGUUCAACUUUCUCCUGGAAGUCACUGAAGAAUGAAGGCCCUACUUGCCCAACCCCAGGCUGUGAUGGCUCUGGCCAUGCCAAUGGCAGUUUCCUCACUCACCGGAGUUUAUCUGGAUGUCCCAGAGCAACCUUUGCUGGAAAGAAAGGAAAACUCUCAGGUGAUGAGAUUCUCAGCCCAAAGUUCAAGACAAGUGAUGUGCUGGAGAAUGAUGAGGAGAUCAAGCAGCUGAAUCAGGAGAUACGAGACCUGAAUGAGUCCAAUUCAGAGAUGGAGGCUGCCAUGGUACAGCUGCAGUCCCAGAUCUCUUCCAUGGAGAAGAACCUGAAGAACAUUGAGGAGGAGAACAAGCUCAUUGAGGAGCAGAAUGAGGCCCUGUUUCUGGAACUGUCUGGGCUGAGCCAGGCCCUCAUCCAAAGUCUUGCCAAUAUCCGCCUUCCACACAUGGAGCCAAUAUGUGAACAGAAUUUUGAUGCCUAUGUGAACACCCUCACUGACAUGUACUCCAAUCAGGACUGCUACCAGAACCCGGAGAACAAAGGCCUUCUGGAAACGAUCAAGCAAGCUGUGAGGGGCAUUCAGGUUUAG